AAAAACGAGGAAGGCACGUGGAAGCGUCGUUACCUCGAGGAGCUUUUGUCCCGAGCUCUGGCUGGCCGAUCUCACGACGCUCCUUUUUCUGAUUUUCGAAACCUCGCAACGACUGGAAGCAAAUCUCGUUAUCCUGGAGCUCAAGGUCGCUGGUCACAAGAAGAUAAAAGUGAUCAGAAACCGCCGAACUUGGACUUGAAUCAUCUGCUUCCUAUUUGCAAAAACGAAAUAUGACAUCUAAGAGUUCCGUCUUUACCACCGCUGGAUGGCAGAGUUUAGUGUUCUCGGUUUGGCCAAGAGCGCCUAACGCUGAGCCUCUCCCGCUUCGCCCAAUUUCAGUUCUUGCGAAGACGCUGGCGACUUGUUCCCUCUCAGCCCUGAGCAUAACCCAAAGUGACUUGACGGACGCGCACGCAGAAAUUCUCUUGUCUGCGCUGCAUGCGUCGCCGGCCCUCGAGUCUCUGGACCUCAGUCAUAAUUUAUUAUCGUCUGCGUCUGCUCGUUUCUUCGUCCCUCUCAUGUCUUCGCCCAAUUUUCGAUCACUAAAAUUGGUCAAUAAUAAACUGAACUUUGAAUGCUGUGAUGAGUUCUCUGCGGCUUUAGCAUCGAACUGCAGCAUGCGAAGCCUGGCCCUCGACGCGAACGCUCUGCAAACAGAGGGAGUUUGCCAGCUCCUCAAGGCUGUCAAUCAAACCUCUGGAACAGGCCUGGAGGUGCUCGCUCUAAGCGGGUGCAGGGCAGGAGGGAGUGUCAACCUUGACAAUUACGUAUUUGAAGCGUUGCUGAACGCCGUCCAGUCUCCCAAAAUAAGAAACAUCAAUUUAGCUAGCAACUACUUCACCCUUGAACCUCCUUCAUAUGUCGCCAAAGCGUGCACUUCAUCGCGAUGUUGUGUGAGAAUCUCCUCAAUGGACGGCCAGAUAUCCAAUUUAUUUUAUGGCACAAGUACAGAAUGUAUAGAAGAAACUUUAUUUAAUAGAAAACACAUUGAUAUAACUGCAUCGUCCAUUAAAUAUCCUGGGAAGAACAAACCAAGUCCGCCUUGCAUGUUCACAUCUUUUCAUAAUGAAAUCUUUUCUCGUGACCAAAUUAAAAUAGAACAAACCAUUAGCCAGCUUCGGUUAUACGUUCACUAAAUUGGUAUAAAUACAAAUUUUUGUUUAAAAACUUUAUUAGGUAACAAAAUCCGACACAUCCGCCAAUUACGAAAUAUUUAUCUUUAUCCCGCUUCAUGUAUUAACCAUCAAAAGUAGCCAGCAACGGAACAAGUUGCGCAUGAGUAUUCGCUAACUGCCGCCAGGCUUCCGUCCUACUAUACAAUAUUGGACAAUCUAAAGAUAUGCAGAGGUCAGUAACAUGACUGUACCCUUCACAGGCGCGACAUAUCUGUGGGGAAAAAACGUCAAAUUAUAUUCAGUGCAUGGUUAUCUUAAUUUAUCAUAUUUUCAAACUUUCAU